UGCGAACAAUUUAAACUUUGAAAAGUGGCUGAAAUACUACACCCUAGUGAACCCAAAGAAAAUUAUGAAAAUUUUCAUUAGGAUUGUACACUGUUGGUGGAUCCACUCUGGUUCUUAUUCAUCAUGAUUAUGGUUUGGGUUUAAAUCUCGUAUGAGUGUGUAGCUUUGUAAAUAUUAUAUUAAAAUAUAAAAAUAAAAAUACCUUCAAAAUAAUAGAAAAAUAUUUUUAAAAUAAUAUUUGUUACAUUAUAAAAAAAUAAUUUUUUGAUAAUUUUACAAUUGAGUUGGGUUCAAUGAUACUAAAUAAGACAUAGUUUAGGUAUUGUAUAAAUUAUUUUUCAAUUAUUAGGUUUUGUCAAAGACAUUAAAAUUAAAGUGGGUUACGCAGUGUAUAAAAGUAACUCUCAAACAUUCAAAUUUACAUAUUUAAAGACCAACCCUUCAUUAAAAUGAAAUAAUAAUUUGUUAAAUAUGGAAAAAAAAAAAAAAAAAAAAGGAUGGGCAAGGCAGCAAGGGUAAAGCAAUGUGGGUUAGCAUUACUUCGAUGUACAAAUGGCUGAGAAAUGUUUGAUAAACCGUUUUUAAAGGCCAAUGUUGUCUAAGAACCUCAAAUUUUGUGAGCAAAUGGCCAAAGGAAAAUUCACCACCAAAAUUUGAAUACUUAAACUAAACAUUUCCCUCAUUGGCUUUCUCCUCGACAUACAAAGUGGAUAAACCAUGAUCGUGGUCGGCUAAAUGCCAACGGAUAAUGAUUACCCUUUCUCAAUAAUCCUUAAUAAUCCCGAAAAUUGUUUCUUUGUAACACGAUAAGAAAUGGAAAAACCAAAACGAUCGUUUAUACAGUUUGCAGAACAAAACCUUGGAAGAGUACCCAAGUUUUUCAUUUAUGCUUUGCUUGAAUGGAUGAUCAUCUUAAUUCUGUUCAUCGACGGCUUUCUUGCAUUUCUAGCCAAUGAAUUAGCCAAGUGGUUUGGUUUGCCUAUUCCUUGCUUGCUUUGCACCAGAAUUGAUCAUGCUCUUGUCGGGAGAAAUGAACAGUUCUAUUACAAUGAAUCCAUAUGUAACAGCCAUAAGAAGAACGUUUCAUGUCUUGCAUUCUGUCAUGCUCACAAGAAGCUUUCUGACAUGAGAAACUUGUGCGAAAACUGUCUUCUGUCUUUUGCAACUGAGAAAGAAUCUGAUGGCCAUACUUACAAGUCCCUUCUGGGGAUAUUACACAAGGAUAUUGAACUGUUUCUGGACGAAGAGCAGCAAGUUCAUCUGUCAUUGCCUACUGGAACAAAAGAUGAAGUGGUUCAGAAGAGCAAAGAUCAUCGUUGUGCAUGUUGUGGGGAGCCUUUGAAGCUCAAUUCCUCCGAUUCUAAAUGGAAGGUUUCUUCCCUUGCUCCUGCCCGCGAUUCCGAUUUGUCUCACAUCAAAUGCUCUCCUCUCAACCUUACAUCCAAUUCCAAUGAGUCAGAUGUCAAAGAAACAACCAAUGAAAAGCCAUCAGAGGACCAUGCCAAGGUCAGUACCAUACCAUCGCUGAUGGAUGCUGAGGAAGAUAAGACCCCUAACUUCAUAUGGGGAAACAAAUUUUUUGGAAUCUCAUUAUCGGAUUCGGCAGCAAACAGUCCAAAGUGGACAAAAAUUCCAAGGAAAUCAAUGCUUGAGAGGAUGGAGUUGGCUUCGGAAACUGCAGAGGGACAAGUACCAAAUCAGGAAGCCGAAGAUGAUAUCUUGCGGCAUCUGAAGGGACAAGUUCGUAUGGAUCGCAGGUCGUUGAUGUCAUUGUACAUGGAACUGGAUGAAGAAAGAAGCGCAUCAGCCGAAGCAGCUAAUAAUGCAAUGGCCAUGAUCACUAGGUUGCAAGCUGAGAAGGCAGCCGUUCAGAUGGAGGCUUUACAAUACCAAAGGAUGAUGGACGAACAGGCAGAAUAUGACCAAGAAGCCCUACAAGAGAUCUACAACUUGCUGGUCAAAAGAGAAGAAGAAGUUCAAGAUUUACAGGCUGAACUUGACGCUUAUAGACAAAAGUAUGGAUUCUUAAAGGAUUUCGACUUUCCAAGACAAAGAGGCAAGACUGAUGUAGGCAGUCAUGUGUUGAAACUACUAUCUUACUCUUUCAAUGGAAGAAUUGAAUGUGGCGGCCCUACUAGGAGACUUAAUCAAGGUCCCAACACUGGAGGGAAAACACAGAAUCUUGACCACUCUGAUUCGAUGCAAGGUAUGAAUAUGAUGGGAGGCGAAGAAUCGAAGAAAGUCAUUCAAGGUGUUCGCCCAUUGGGACGGUUAAAAAAUAUUAACAAGAGUGGCCAUAUUUCCAAACUCAGUGAGGGCGUUUCCUCAAAGUCUAGUAGUGAAGAUGAAUUUGACAUGGAAGACGAAACAGAUGAAGCAGGUAGCAACAGCAAAAUUACUGAUACAGAUUUCUAGAACCCACAAAAGCUUCAAUGACAAUGCCUCAUGCUGAAAGUUGAGAUACUUGAUUAUCUUCACUCCCAUUUCUGCCUUCCACUUUUGGUCCCUUCUACUUAGGUAAGAAGUUUACUAAGACUUGUUACAUGGAGACAUUUCGCAGGAGUAGCAGCAAAUUGAACUCUGCAACGACUUGGCAGGCAAGCUUUUGAGCUGAUGCAAUCAAAUAAAUCUGAGAUUCUGGUUUAGACUUGGUAGGCAUAUAUGUUAGGGAGAAAGAGUAUCUUUAUAGACACACACACACACAAAUAUAUAUUGUUCUGAAUAUAUCAACUAACUUUGAAUACUUGUUGGCGAUGAGUCUUCCCACAAUUUCAAAUUACCGUGUAAUUGAAAUGUUAAUGGUUUCUUUCCAUUUUGCUUCUUAGUUUUCAUUGAUGAUUUUUAUACGAGAAUA